UUACACGGGGCCACAAAAAAGGAAAAGGACUCUAUGGCCUUAUCCCCUCGUUCAUUAAUUAUUACUGUACCUCUAGUGCACAAUUGUUUGUCUACUUGGAACUUUAAAGGGUAGAAUUGAAUUGCUAAUCCUUGUGUUAGAAACAAAAGGGAGUCAUAUAGUAACUAGUAAACUUUACUACUAAGUGACCAGGAGGUCACGAGUUCAAGCCAGACCCUUGUGGUUUAAUUCUUUCUCUAAUUCAGCACAUAAUGCGAGGUUUAGUACAUAUGGUCUUUUAUCCUUGUGCUAAACAAAGGAUACAACCAACACCACCAAUUUAAGUUGUUCUGUCAUGUUUUCUAAACAAUCUUCCAGUUCUCUUUGGAUCGUCUCUCCAAAUCAAAAAUGCUUAUCAUUUCCGCAAAGGGGUAUAUGAAGAAGAAGAAAGGGUGAAAGAUUAUUGACUAAGUUUCUUUAACUUCGACGUUAUAUUCUUAGAUCACAUUGCCGUAGGUAGUUCAUAAAAAAUUAUGCUGCAGAAAAAGAAACAACAUUGAAUUAAAUGGACUAGAAGAGUCAAGAUUGACGUAUAAGGUCCCUUUCAGGCUUUUGAUUGGUUAACACAAGGCGCCUAUCUUUACUACAUUACUAACUCUAAGCUCAUUUCGGUCUCCACUUGAUUGCUAGAGGGACCUCAUGUUUCUAUGUGCAGUCCUAUAAAGUCAAAUUAAUAUUUGGAGACUUAAACAAGUGUAGUGAGUGAACAUGGGAUCUAGAAUGGGUUUUCUUUAUUUUCCACAUCUAAUCUUGUUUUCAUGGGCUCUUUCAGCUCAUCUCUUAUUAGCUAUAGGUCAAAGAUCCACUUACAUUGUCCACCUUGACAAGUCCUUUAUGCCUACUGUCUUUGCUGAUCACCAUCAUUGGCAUUCUUCUACCAUUGACUCCAUUAAAGCUGCUGUUCCUUCAUCAGUGGACAGAUUCCACUCAGCUCCAAAACUUGUUUACUCUUAUGACAAUGUGUUUCAUGGAUUCAGUGCUGUUUUGUCCAUAGAUGAACUGGCAGCUUUGAAGAAGUCUCCAGGUUUCAUAUCAGCUUACAAUGAUAGGACUGUGGAACCUCAGACUACCCACACAUCUGAUUUCCUCAAACUCGCUCCUUCAUCUGGUCUAUGGAAAGCUUCUGGUUUAGGGCAAGAUGUUAUCAUUGGUGUUCUUGAUGGUGGCAUCUGGCCCGAAUCCGCAAGUUUUCGAGAUGAUGGUAUGCCUGAAAUCCCCAAAAGAUGGAAAGGAAUUUGCAAGCCGGGUACUCAGUUUAAUACUUCAAUGUGCAACAGAAAACUCAUUGGAGCUAAUUACUUCAAUAAGGGUAUUUUGGCUAAUGAUCCCACUAUCAACAUUUCCAUGAAUUCUGCCAGGGAUACUGAUGGUCAUGGCACACAUUGUGCUUCCAUUGCUGCUGGGAACUUUGCCAGAGGUGUUUCCCAUUUUGGAUAUGCAGCAGGAACAGCAAGAGGGGUUGCUCCACGAGCUAGGAUAGCUGUAUACAAGUUUAGCUUUGAUGAAGGAGAACUAACUUCCGAUUUAAUUGCUGCUAUGGACCAAGCUGUUGCAGACGGCGUUGAUGUGAUAUCCAUUUCUUUUGGGUACGGUUUGAUUCCCUUGUAUGAAGAUGCUAUAUCAAUAGCUUCUUUUGGAGCUAUGAUGAAAGGAGUAUUGGUCUCAGCUGCAGCUGGAAAUGAUGGUCGCGGUGCAAAUGUACUAAAUGGAUCUCCAUGGAUCUUGUGCGUGGCAUCAGGUCACACUGACAGGAGAUUUGCAGGAACCUUGACUUUGGGCAAUGGGUUAAAAAUUAGGGGGUGGAGCUUGUUUCCUGCAAGAGCCUUUGUCAAGGAUUCACCAUUAAUUUACAAUAAGACUCUAGCCGCUUGUGACUCAGACGAAUUGUUAUCACAAUUAUCUGAUCCAGAACGUACCAUCCUCAUCUGUGAUUAUAAUGCAGAUGAAGAAGUGGGUUUUGGUUUCUCUAGCCAAAUAUCUCAAGUCAACCAAGCAAGACUUAAAGCAGGCAUCUUUAUUUCUGAGGAUCCAAGAGUGUUCCAGUCUUCUUCUUUUCCUUACCCAGGGGUUGUAGUUGACAAAAAGAAAGGGAACCAAAUCAUCAAUUAUGUUAAAAGCAGUGUUGCACCUACGGCCACCAUCACGUUCCAUGAAACUUAUGUGGAUAAAGAAAGGCCAGCCCCAGUUCUUGCAGGAAACUCAGCACAAGGGCCCUCCAAAAGCUACUUGGGAAUUGCAAAGCCUGAUAUUAUGGCACCAGGGGUACUGAUUCUUGCAGCUUUUCCACCUAAUCUCGUUUCAGAAAGUAUUCAGAACAUACAAUUAACCUCUGAUUACGAGCUUAAAUCAGGCACAUCCAUGGCUACUCCUCAUGCUGCUGGAAUUGCAGCGAUGCUAAAAGCCGUGCAUCCUGAAUGGAGUCCUUCAGCUAUUCGCUCCGCCAUGAUGACUACAGCAAACCCUUUGGAUAAUACUAAAAAGCCUAUUAGAAGGGAUAAUAAUGUGGUUGCCACGCCCCUAGAAAUAGGAGCAGGGCAUGUUGACCCGAACAGAGCUCUUGAUCCAGGCCUAGUAUAUGAUGCUACUCCACAAGAUUACAUAAAUCUCAUAUGCUCUAUGAAUUUCACAGAAGAGCAGUUCAAAACAUUUGCAAGAUCGUCAGCCAAUUACCACGACUGCUCAAAUCCAUCAGCUGAUCUAAAUUACCCAUCAUUCAUUGCCUUGUAUCCGUUCAACCCCGAGAGAAAUUACACCUGGUUGGAACAGAAAUUCAGGAGGACCCUUACAAAUGUUGGUGAAGCCGGAGCAACUUACAAACUGAAGAUAGAAACUCCCAAGAAUUCAAAAGUUUCAGUGUCUCCACAAAAACUGGUGUUCAAGGGGAAAAAUGAUAAGCAAAGUUAUAGCUUGACAAUUCGCUAUGUAGGUGAUAACGAUCAGAGUACGAACUUUGGGUCGAUCACUUGGGUUGAAGAGAACGGAAACCACUCAGUUAGGAGCCCAAUAGUGACAUCUCUCAUUGUUCAGGUCUGGGAGUGAUGACGAGAAGCAUCAGAUUCUUGAGUUAGAAGUAAUUAGGCAACCCUUGUAUAAGGGCCUAAGGGGAGAUAGAGCAUAAAUUAAGUACUUGUAUAUUUCUUUCAAUGUGCAAGUACAUGUCCGAUAUCCGCAUUGGAGAGUCACAUUAUAAUUAACCUAAUGUUGAGUUAACAAUUCUAUGCUAAUUCUAUAUAUUAUGAACAUUUAUGAUCCU